AUGUACAACCCUCACAACCGCCUGAUCGCACCUCUCGCCUUAAAAUUACUCCAUUUAUCAGCUAGAAGGCAAAUUCCCGAAACUCUACCCGUCCUCUGGCACUCCCCUUCAGACACUGACGUCUUCGGGGUUGGGGAUACCAUCCUCGCAGCCUGGACAGCGGAGAGAGCUGUUGUGUCGCCUUUUUUUCAGUUGUGUAUAUCUACAGAGGCAGUGGAAGACUCGGUAUCAGCUGAUGUUACGUGUGGGACGACUGUGUGGCCUGUGGUCACGUCAAGCGCUGAGGGAUUGUACAGCACAUCUUUGUCCGCACCGAAUGUAACUUCCACCUCACCUGUUUUUCUUCAGAUGAGGGACGAUUUUGGCUCACUCGCACGAUCCCCCGUGUUCACUCUUGAUCCGAUUGCACCUUUUGCUUCCGAAAGUGGGACAGGCUCCCCUUCUUCGGAUCCCUCUGCAACAACAGCAGCCCCAGAACCACCCCCUUCAUCAUCAUCGUCUUCAUCACCGUCUGCCACAUCACAAACACAAAACGAAUAUUUUACGGCGAGAAAGCAGAGCGACGACAGUUUGGCUAGCGCUAUUACCUGGCAAUCCCCUUCCUCAGACGACGUCUUUGGGUCUGGGGACACUAUCAUCGGGAGGUGGCAGACAGAGAAAGCUGCGGUGUCGCCUUCUUUCCAGCUUUGCAUGUCUACAGACGCAGGGGCGGACACAGGAUCAGCGGACAGUACAUGCGGAACGACUGUCUGGCCUACAGUCACUUCAGAUGCUGGAACGUACAGCGUAUCUUUGUCUGCGCCGAAUAUAACCUCAGCCUCGCACUUCAUUCUUCGGAUGACGGAUAAUUUUGGCUCUACCGCCGAGUCUCCUGUUUUCAAACUUGAUCCAAAUGCAUCUUCUGCAUCCGAAACGUCGACAGAACUCCCUUCUUCAACGGCAGCUUUUAUGACUACGUCAACGGCGGCCUCACCCUCUUCUUCUCCACCAUAUCCUGCCUCCUCGUCCAACGCAUCGCAAAUCCAUAACGGAACCACUCCGAAUGCAGCCCCUCAGAUAUCACAGAACCCAAAUUCUGAACCAGAUGUCCUAGCCUCCCGCCAACCACCCCCCGUUGCAGCCUACGCUGUUCCCCUCUCUGUAGUUUCCGCGAUCAUCCUCGCAGCUGGAAUCAUGUCUCUCAGGCACAAGCAAAAGCUGAAAGCUGACCGCCUCCGCGACGCUGUGACUGCCAAUCUCGAUCCCAGUGCAAGUGUAGGCAGCUUCAAAUCGGCUGAUGAAGUCGGCCAUGCGUUGAACGUGCUCUCACGAAAUGAGCUGGGCUAUUCUGGGGCUCCGACGGUUCCGGUCCCUGUACCGUUAUUCAUGCCUGUCGACCAUAGAUGGGAGUCGGAAUCGCGAGGGUCGACGAGGCGCGCUUAUCCGCCUUCUUUGUAUAGCUGGGACAGGGAGAGCACAUAUACGACGCCAAACUAUGCCCGCUCGUGGGCGUCGAACCAUUCAAGGCAGAUGUCGGAUCGCCCUAGGCAGACGUCGAAUCACUUGAGGCAGAUAUCGAGUCACUCAAGACAGACAUCGAAUCACUCAAACUCGAGCAAUUACAGGCCUUUCCAGCAAUUACCUCCCUCUCAGCUACGUCCCUACCUUCCGCCCCUAUCAACGUCCAACCGGGCGUUCUUUGACGAGGGAGACACUGGGGUUACUGGUGAUGUAUUGUCAGAAUAUAUGGUCCCCUCGCCGAUCCUUCCGCCUGGGAUGACGGUACCGCCUCCCCGACCACCUGAGAGGCUUCAUGUGCGCGUUGAGAGUCCUGGACGUGGGCCCCAAGGUACUACUAGGCGUCUCACUGAGUACCUGCAGCCGAAUCCGUAUGGAGUGGUAGCGGAGAACCUUCGAUUCGCCCGUUCGUGA